UAGUCCUGGAGAUGAAGGUCGUUCUGGUCACUGGUGGAGCCGGUUACAUUGGCUCCCACACCGUUCUCCAGCUCUUGCUCGCCGGUUUUAAGGUCGUCGUCGUCGACAAUCUUAAUAAUUCUUCUGAGGUUGCUAUGCACAGAGUCAGGGAGCUCGCCGGCGAAUUCGGGAGUAAUCUUUCCGUCAACAUGGUAGAUCUUCGGGACAGAGCUGCACUCGAAGAAAUUUUCGCUUCCACGCAAUUUGAUGCUGUCAUACAUUUUGCUGGGUUAAAAGCCGUAGGUGAAAGUGUGCAAAAACCAUUACUUUAUUACAACAACAACUUGAUUGGAACGAUCACCCUCUUGGAAGUCAUGGCUGCCCAUGGAUGCAAGAAGCUUGUGUUCUCAUCUUCAGCAACUGUAUAUGGUUGGCCUAAGCAGGUUCCAUGUACAGAAGAGUCUCCACUAUCUGCAUUGAACCCAUAUGGACGAACCAAGCUUUCCAUUGAGGAAAUGUGUCGUGAUAUCUACCAGGCAGAUUCCGAAUGGAAAAUGAUAUUGCUGAGAUACUUCAACCUAGUUGGUGCUCAUCCGAGUGGUUAUAUUGGUGAGGAUCCUCAUGGAAUUCCAAAUAAUCUCAUGCCAUAUGUUCAACAAGUAGCAGUUGGCAGACGUGCCGCAUUGACAGUAUUUGGAAAUGAUUAUAAUACAGUUGAUGGCACUGGGGUGCGUGAUUAUAUUCAUAUUAUUGAUUUAGCGGAUGGGCAUGUAGCUGCAUUGCGUAAACUAGAUGAUCCUAAUAUAGGUUGUGAGGUGUAUAAUUUAGGAACAGGAAAGGGAACAUCAGUUUUAGAGAUGGUUAAAGCUUUUGAAAAGGUCUCUGGAAAGAAAAUUCCACUUGUGAUGGCUGGUCGGAGGCCUGGUGAUGCUGAAAUUGUCUAUGCAUCAACGGAAAAAGCAGAGAGAGAACUUAAUUGGAAGGCAAAAUAUAGCAUUGAAGAUAUGUGCCGUGAUCUAUGGAAUUGGGCAAGCAAAAACCCUUAUGGCUAUCAAUCACAAGAUUCCACCAAGCAAAGCUAAUUGUCAAUUAUAUGGAUGCUGACCUCUUCU